AUGACCUCGCCGAACAUUCUGCUUAUUGUCGCCGUCCCAACUGUUUUAACACUUUCAGCUUGCCAUCACCUCCAUCAUUCUCUCAAGCAUCGCUUGGGCCACCACGACACGAUAUUCCUUCCCACUCCCGCUAGCCCUGCCGAUUAUCAACAUCGUAGUGCCUCUUGUCCUGCCAGCGAUGAUGCCCUUUACGAGGAGUCUGACCGCCCAUGUCAAGAAGGUAUAUCGGCAUCCCUGCUUCCAUACGCCUGGUACUUUACCAGCUUGAUCCCCUUCAUACUCUUAGUCCUGGCCACGAUGUACGGUGCUCCGUCGGACAUGUCCCAGUGCGCAAUGGAGUCCCAGUGGCGCAGCAUGUUCCAACAAAAAGACGAUGCGGGGAUCCGAGCGAUACAGAGUGGCCUCCAAUGCUGUGGACUGAACUCGCUCCACGACAGAGCCUGGCCCUUCCCGAGUCGUGAAGUCGAUGCAAGAGCAUGUGAGCGGACGCUAAGGUAUACCAGCAGAUGUGCAGACCGGUGGCAGAGACAACAGGCGGUAGCAGCAAGUCUGAUAGUGUUGGCUAGUCUGCUGAACUGGAUACUACUGCAAAUCCUUAGCAAUGCAGCUCAAUCCGGGCAGCUUUCAUCGCAGUUCCCAAUCAUGCCAGGCUUGCAGACAGAAGAAGCGCACCUUCUCCACGCACCUGAUGAAGAAGAAGAUCAUCGACAAAGCGGACGUGCGUACCAAACACGAGACAGCGUGGAAUAAUCAGGAUCAGGCGUUCCGAGUGUAGGCCUGGCGGUCAAUGAGAAUGAUCAGAAAGAAACCAAGCAACAGAACAGCGGAGAGCGCCGUGUAUGAACAGCACAUCGUCAAAUCUAUACAUUUGAGCGGCCUAGCCUCUGACAAUUGCAUCGGGGCCAGGAUACUCGAAUAUUCGGCCGUAGAACACUGUUCUGUUCAUGUCCGCACUGGCUUACGGAUCUUGCGUAACCUCAUCAACCCUGUAUUUCGUCGAGCCCUCAAUGUGUCGGGUUGCACGCAGUGAUUGCUCGUUAAAAGACUGUUCCGUCAGAGAUAAUGCCAAUUGGUGGUCCUCCAGUAA